CAUUGACUUUCAACAUCCAUUCAGCCUUUUCUGCAGCAGCACUGAACUUGCAGAGAGAGAGAGAGAGAAAAUAGAGGUGGGGAGCAAAGGGGGCAGAAAAAAGGCAGACUGGACAGGGUUGUGCAGAAGGAGCUCAGUGCGAUUACCGCAAAGGAUGCCAUAGCUGUUCCUUUCAGUGAAAUGAACAUCCAACGUGAGUUGUUUUCCGAUUUACUGAAGAGUGCUGGUGUAGAGGAGUGGUCAGGGACGGAGAUCAUUAUGCACUUUUAGGUCGACGUCGCCUUGAACGCAGCGCAAAAACAAACCUCGCACAGCUCCCCAAGUGCGUUUAAUCUCCCGAAGUUGUGUCAAGCGGGCGAUGAUUCGCAUCUGAUUGUUGCUCAACUAUCCGGAGAGGACUGCAGACAGGGCAAACGCUGCAUUGUGGCAACUGAGACGCUUGAUUCCUGCCCGAGGAUUGCACAAUCCGAUCUCCCCCAAAAUGUCAUCUCAGGCGAAAGUCAAGAAGGACAAAGAGAUUAUUGCUGAAUAUGAGACCCAAGUGAAAGAGAUCCGUAACCAGCUGGUGGAGCAGUUCCGUUGUCUGGAGCAGCAGUCUGAAUCCCGUCUGCAGCUGCUGCAGGACCUGCAGGAGUUCUUCCGUCGAAAGGCCGAGCUCCAGCUUGAGUACUCCAGAGGCCUGGACAAACUGGCAGAGCGUUACUCUGCCAAGAUCCGCACCUCCAGAGAGCACCAGCACUUCAAAAAGGACCAGAAUCUCGUGUCCACUGUGAACUGCUGGUAUUUGGUCUUGGAGCAGACCAGGCGGGAGAGCAGAGACCACGCCACUCUCAGUGACAUCUACAACAACAACGUCAUUGUCCGUCUGGCACACGUGGGCGAGGAUGUCAUCAGACUUUUCAAAAAGAGCAAAGACAUCGGGGUGCAGAUGCACGAGGAGUUGGUGAAAGUCACCAAUGAGCUCUACACAGUGAUGAAGACCUACCACAUGUACCAUACUGAGAGUCUCAGUGCUGAGAACAAGCUGAAGGAGGCAGAGAAACAGGAAGAGAAGCACAUCGGCAAGGCCAAUGACAUUAGUUCCAGCCUUCUGCGAUACGGCCAUGAUGAACGCCCACAGCGACGGAGCUCUGUCAAGAAGAUGGAGAAAAUGAAGGAGAAGAGACAAGCCAAGUACUCUGAAAACAAGCUGAAGUGCACAAAGGCCCGCAAUGACUAUCUUCUCAAUCUGGCAGCUACAAAUGCUCUGGUGGCCAAAUACUACAUUCAUGAUGUCUCAGACAUGAUAGACUGUUGUGACUUAGGUUACCAUGCAAGCCUGGCACGUACCUUGAGAACCUACCUGUCUGCAGAGUAUAGUCUAGAGACUUCUCGCCACGAGGGUCUGGACUUGCUGGAGGGAGCAGUAGAUGCCAUGGAUAUCAGAGGAGAUAAGCUGAGGUUCAUGGACACCCACAGCCAGAUCUUCUGUCCUCCUGCACGCUUUGACUAUCAGCCUCACAUGGGAGAUGAGGUGUGUCAGGUGAGUGCACAGCAACCUGUCCAGACAGAGCUCUUGAUGCGCCACCACCAGCUGCAGUCUCGCCUGGCCACGCUGAAGAUAGAAAAUGAAGAGGUGAGGAAGACUCUUGACGCCACCAUGCAGACUCUUCAGGACAUGCUCACAGUGGAGGACUUUGAUGUGUCAGAGGCCUUCCAGCACAGCCAAUCCACAGAGUCGGUUAAAUCGGCUUCCUCGGACUCCUACAUGAGCAAGGCAAACAUCACAAAGAGACGAGCCAAUCAGCAGGAGACAGAGGGCUUCUACUUCACUAAAUACAAGGAGUACUUGAAUGGCAGCAAUCUCAUUGUCAAACUUCAGGCCAAGCAUGAUCUUCUGAAGCAGACGUUAGGAGAAGGGGAGAGGGCUGAAUAUGGAACAACUAGGCCCCCCACUCUUCCCCCUAAACCCCAGAGAAUGCGGAAGUCUAGACCUCGCUCCAUUUUUAACCGUAAGCUGUUUAACGGCAAUAUGGAGGCCUUCAUUCAGGACUCAGGGCAGCCCAUACCAGUGGUGGUUGAGAGCUGCGUUCGAUACAUCAAUCUGUAUGGUCUUCAGCAACAAGGUAUAUUUCGAGUUCCAGGCUCCCAGGUCGAAGUCAACGAUAUUAAGAAUGCAUUUGAAAGAGGAGAGGACCCACUGGUGGAUGAUCAGGCCGAUCAUGACAUCAACUCUGUGGCAGGCGUUCUUAAGCUCUACUUCAGAGGGCUGGAAAACCCGCUGUUCCCUAAAGAGCGUUUCCUCGACCUCAUAUCCACAACUAAGCUUGACUCGGGCGCAGAAAGAGCUCAUCACCUUCAGCAGAUAAUUGUGACUCUUCAGCGGCCCGUGAUCAUCGUCAUGAGAUACCUGUUUGCAUUUCUGAAUCAUCUUUCUCAGUACAGUGAUGAGAACAUGAUGGACCCCUACAACCUGGCCAUUUGCUUCGGUCCAACAUUGAUGCCAAUACCAGAUGACCAGGACCCUGUGUCCUGCCAGGCGCAUGUUAACGAGGUCAUUAAGACAAUUAUCAUCCACCAUGAGGCCAUAUUCCCAACCCAACGUGAGUUGGAUGGGCCUGUGUAUGAAAAGUGCAUGGCUGGUGGAGAAGAGUACUGUGAAAGCCCCCACAGUGAGCCAGGAGCUCUUGACGAGGUGGACAAUGGUACCGGACCCAACACUAGUGACGAAGAGUUGGAGCAAAUCGAGGCCAUAGCGAAGUUUGAUUACGUGGGCCGAAGUCCUAGAGAGCUUUCCUUCAAGAAAGGAGCCUCUUUGCUACUCUACCUGCGAGCCUCUCAGGACUGGUGGGAGGGCCGACAUAAUGGCGUGGAUGGGCUGAUUCCACAUCAGUACAUUGUGGUACAAGACAUGGAUGAUGCAUUCUCAGAUAGCGUUCAGAGGAGCGAUAGUGCCGCCAGCAGUGUACCACACCACGAUGAAAGAGCCCCAUCCAGAAAUGACCGCCAAGCUCCUUGCGAACACACACCUGAGCACCGCUUUGGAGCAGCAUUGGGAAGGGUGAGGGUGCGAUCAGAUGGAGCUGCAGGUCCACGCCACAGGAACGGCGCUGACAGUCACAGCCCCAGUCGAAGUGCAGACCAGCCCCCCAGGGUUAUGCCCCGCCCCUGCAGCCCACACAAAGUAGCUGUUACCAGGGGCCCAACAGACAGUCCAGAAAAACGGCGUCUCACCACUUUUGGCAGUGCUGGAUGUAUCAACCACCCAGACAGAAAGGCCUUCAUCGACAGCCACUCUCAGCGAUCUUCACCCAGCACCACUCGGCACGCGAGUUUAGGAGAUCACAAAACCCUCGAGGCUGAAGCACUCGCUGAGGACAUAGAGAAAACCAUGAAUACAGCUCUUCAUGAGCUGCGUGAGCUGGAGCGACAAAAUGUAGCCAAACAUGCCCCUGAUGUUGUUUUGGACACAUUAGAGCCGCUCAAACACCCCGGUGGAGCCCAGGAUCCACCAGGCAGCCCUCUACACACCAUGGUGAUAAGGGAUCCAGAUGCAGCACAGCGACGUACCAGUAGCAGCUCCUCCUCCGAGACCAUGACCACUUUUAAACCUGCUCUGUCAGCACGUAGACCGAGUGCACCUCUAAGGCCUCCACCUGUCAGACCAGUCCGACCUGCUCCUGUGAUUGGGCAGGGUCAGGGACCACACCGCUCCAGCAGCUCUAGUUCCUCCGGUCUUGGCAGCCCUGGCAUCACACCCACUGACAGGGUCUUUCCCAAACCUCCCUCCCCAUCACCGUCCACUUCCUCUUCAUCCUCAGACAAACAAGGUAACAUGUAGCUCCAGUCAGUCCCGAGUCAAGUGAUUCGAAGAACUCUGUGGAUUGUGAUCACAUUGACACCUGGUCUGUAUGACGAAUAUUUACCACUAGUCUUGUAUAGUCUCGGACGGCUACUGCUGGUUUCUGACAACUCUGUGCCCACCCAUUGACUUGCCGGUGGACAAGUUAAUGUACUGUAUUACAAUAUUACACAAAAAUAGGAUUUAAAUCUAUGAGAAUGAUUUUAUAGAAUGCUACCAUGCUGAAUAGCCAUGCUGGAUAAACAAGGGAUGCACUGGAAAAUACUUCUGUUUACUGAAAUCUGACAAUGAAACAUCUCAUGUUAUUAGCUCACAAAAAUGCUGUGAGCUUGGACUUUGUAUUUGGUUUUAUGUUCCAUUUUGACACUUAAGGGAAUAUUUCACCACUAAUUAUGUAGACAUUAAGCCUCUGCUGAUGGUCUAUGUAGUCUAUUAAAACUAUAACUCCUUUGGCAUCAUUUAUAUUGACAGAGAAGUUUCCUUGGAGAGCCUGUCUCAGUACCAGCAUAUACCAGCAAGUGCUGCCAACAACAUGCCGACACCACGGCUGUCUGAAAUCACGCUCUAUUUGCAAUGUGGUGCACUAAAUGAACUGUCCACCAUUUUAUUUGUGUGUGUGUGUGGACUUCACAGUGGGAAGUUUACAUCUAUGUAGAUUACAAAAAUCCAACAAUAGAUUAAAUUUAAAAAAGUCACAUUUUAUAGAUACAGUUGUGUGACGCUACACUUUAGUAAUGACACAAAAAAACACCAUAGUGUAAACUAUUGUCUUGAGUGUUCUCAGACACAGCCGACGUUUGAAUGGUAAGACCAGGCUAAAAUUGCAUUAAGUUGCAGUUUUUCUAAUUGUCACUAGACGUUGGUACCAAGGAAAUACAUUUCCAUGUGUCCAUGUCUUAUAACGGAAUAUCCUGAUCAGGGUCGCGGCAGCUGGAGUCUAUCCCAGCUGGUGUUGGGAUAGGUCCCUUAAUGCCAGCUGUGAUAGGACAGAGCUGAUACAUGGAGACAAACAAGGUUCCAAGGAAAUCACAUCUGCAAUAGAGCCAUUAUUUUAAGAAAAUUCAGAUUUGUUUCCACUGAGUGACAUUGCAGACAGCAGUGCUUGCUACACCCCCACAUUGGCUAAUUCUUCUAGAAGCAAACUUAUCAGAAUAAUUUGAAUCAUGAUAUAAUUUUUUUUAAUUAAUUGGAUGGAAAUAUCCUCCAACUUCUCUGUUGAAAUGCUCAUUUUUUUCCACAAGAGCGGUAAGAUGUUUUAAAGAAAUGGUCUCUCACUGCAGGAUAGUGUUUUGGUUUUUGGUUGGGACAGGUCAACACCUGAAGCGUGAAAGUUCUCCAGUCUGGCCAGCAGUGGCGGCAUCACUGGGUUUGCAGUGCAGCAGCACAAUCUAUGA